AUGGUGCGGCCUUCAAAACUCAUGCUCCUGCCCGAGGUUGAUGACAUGGCCUACCAAGUCAUGCUCCUUUCUGGAUAUGUCAGGAUUUCCCAUGAGUGCCGAGCGCAACACACCAAAAUCGGUCAGUGGCAUUCGGAGCAGGGGCUGUCUAUGGAGAAAAAGCUUCCCUCAAUUAAUGUUACAGACACACUCUUCAACACCACACUAAUCAUCACAACCAUCCUGGAGAAUCCUUACGUGAUGCUGAAAGCCAACUACCAGGAGCUGGAGGGGAAUGAGCGCUAUGAGGGUUUUUGCGUGGACAUGCUGAAGGAGCUGGCCGACAUCCUGAAGUUCAACUACCGCAUUAAGCUGGUGAGCGAUGGAGUGUACGGUGUCCCGGGUGCCAAUGGAACCUGGACGGGAAUGGUGGGCGAGCUCAUCGCCAGGAAGGCUGAUCUAGCCGUGGCCGGCCUGACCAUCACAGCCGAGAGAGAGAAGGUCAUUGAUUUCUCCAAGCCCUUCAUGACACUGGGGAUUAGUGUCAUGUACCGAGUACAUUUGGGAAGAAGACCAGGGUAUUUUUCCUUCCUGGAUCCCUUCUCUCCAGGGGUCUGGCUCUUCAUGUUGCUGGCAUAUCUAGCAGUUAGCUGUGUGCUCUUUCUGGUAGCCAGGUUGACCCCCUACGAAUGGUACAAUCCACACCCCUGUCUGAAGGGACGCUGUAGUCUCCUCAUUAAUCAGUACUCUCUGGGAAAUAGUUUCUGGUUCCCAGUAGGGGGGUUCAUGCAACAAGGUUCUACCAUUGCUCCACGAGCUCUCUCUACACGUUGUGUCAGUGGAGUAUGGUGGGCCUUCACCCUUAUCAUCAUCUCUUCCUACACGGCUAACCUGGCUGCCUUCCUCACUGUCCAGAGGAUGGACGUUCCCAUCGAGUCUGUGGACGAUCUGGCAGAUCAGACAGCCAUCGAGUACGGCACCAUGCACGGUGGCUCCACCAUGACCUUCUUCCAGAACUCGCGUUACCAGACGUACCAGCGCAUGUGGAACUUCAUGCACUCCAAGCAGCCCAGUGUAUUUGUGAAGAGCACAGAGGAGGGUAUCGCCCGUGUACUGAACUCCAAUUAUGCGUACCUACUAGAAAGCACCAUGAAUGAGUACUAUAGGCAACGCAACUGCAACCUCACACAGAUUGGAGGUCUGCUGGACACCAAGGGCUAUGGCAUUGGAAUGUCUCUGGGCUCUGUGUACCGGGAUGAGUUUGACCUGGCCAUCCUCAGACUGCAGGAAGAGAACCGGUUGGAGAUCCUAAAAAGGAAAUGGUGGGAAGGUGGAAAGUGUCCAAAGGAGGAGGACCAUAGAGCCAAAGGACUUGGCAUGGAGAAUAUCGGUGGGAUCUUUGUAGUCCUGGUCUGUGGCCUGUUAAUUGCUAUCUUCAUGGCGGUAUUGGAGUUUGUAUGGAUGCUGCGUCAUACUCCAGGAACAGAGUUGUCAGUGUGUGAGGAGAUGCUGCGGGAGCUGCAAGGCAUCGUGCUGUGUCAGGACAGCCUGCAGCUGCGACGGAGACGUAGCGGUGGCACCAGCGCUCUGCGCCCGCAUCCUCUACCCACAGAGGACAGACGUGCUCGGCCCACAGGGACCAGCCUCAGCAAUGGCAGGUUGUGCACAGGCACGGGACUGUCAGAGCCACUCUCCCACAAACUGGCACAGGAGGCGGCCAUCGUGGCACGUGGUUGCAGCCACAUCCGCAUCUGCCCCGAGUGCAGACGCUUCCAGGGGCUGCGGGUGCACCCACCAGGGACCCCACGGGCAUCGCCCACUCACAGUGAUGAUAGCUUCGAGUGGGACAAGACCACCAACAGCAGUGAACCUGAAUAACAAACGCUGGCUUUUCACUAAACUGAGUCUGUAAAAGAGUAGGGAUUGAGGAACAGAUAAACUCAAUUUGAAGAUGUGUUUAUAUUUCCGAAAGCUGGAAUGGGGUCUAAUCUCUGUAUACACUGCCCUCUGCAUCAUCUGCCCUGAAUAGCAUUUUGCAGCAAACCGAAGGGGGGCUUUGUACUAUGCAGCAUUUUUUUUUUUUUUGUCUUACUGUGCUGUUGAUUUUACUUUAAAUUAUUCCUUUUUGGUUGUGAGAUCACAGUUGUACUAUUACUAGAUGAUUGCAAUUGCUAUUUUCUUGUUCUCACAAUGAUCAUGAUUACAGCUUUUAUUUUCCUCAACCAGCGGAGAGGCAUUCUUUACUGAUGACAGCCACAGGGAACUAGUUGUGAAGACUUUACACAUCAUCGCAGUUUGGAAGCAUUUUUUUAAGUGCUGAAUAAACUUGGUAUUGAUUUUUUUUUUUUGUCCCGCUACAUGGUCUUGAGGAUAUGACUGCGAAGAGAACUGAACACACAACCAUGAUGAUAUCUUUUUAACUAUAGUGAUAUUCUAUUAAAAAAAAAGAGAUAGAGCUUUGAUAUGCACGUGUGAAGGUUUUGUUGAGAGUUCCAGAGAGAAGUUUUCUGUUAUUUUGUUCCAUCUCUGUUAUUUUGUGCGGCAAUUUUAAAACCCUUAUCAGAAAUGUUUGUAAAGGCUUUAGCUUGUAUUGGAAGAGGUUUUGGUUGUGUUGAUCGUUUCUGGUUGUUCAAGCAUGAGACUGUAGAAUUAUAUGAUUCUGUCUGACAUAAGACUGGUUCUGGGAAUAUUUGCCUUACAAGUGUAGUUUAAGGGUUUAAAAGUGUUCAGUAAAAAUCAUUCCCAUGUUCAUAUUUCUCUGGUCUAAAACUGAGAACGGCAAGUUCUCAUCAUGUCCCCAGCACAGUUUCAACCUAAACUCCUAAUUCACACAAGCAGAAGUUCCAUUAUGAGUCCACAGAGAUUUGCUGUACACUCUUAAAAAUAAAGGUUAAAUUAGAACCUACAGUAAAAGGAUUUUUCAAGCUGAUGUCUUAGGAGAACUCUUUUAAGUUGCACAAAGAACCUUUCAUUCACAAGUUCUGUAGAGAACCAUCUAUUUACUGGUGCUACAAAGAACCCAGAAAUUAUUCUUCACAGCAGUGCCACAAGGAACAAUGUUAUCAUAAGUUCUCAUAAUUUUAUCAUUAAAAAAAAAAAAAAAAAACCUUAGUUAGUGCUUUACGGAACCAAAGUAGGUUCUUAAGAGUGAUGCCAGGAGAACCUUUUCCAGUCCCACAAAGAACCUUAUAAGGUUCACUUUAACCUGCUCUGAAGAACUUAUAAUGAACUGAAAAAAACUUCUUUUAUCUCUAAAGAGCCAUAUAGCUCAACUCAAGAACCUUAUACACUGAAAAAUGGUUCUCAAAAAGAAGAAUGUUCUUUGUAGAACCUAUGAUGCUGUAAAGAACCAUUAAAGAACCUAUAUUUUUAAGAGUGUAGGUAACACACCUGGGGAAAUGACCUAUGAUAUGUACGGUGUCGUCAAGCUAGAGAGUGUACAGUGUAUAUGGUUUCAAUGGAACUAUUUUUUUAGUAGCACAAAACAGGAACAAGGUGUCAUGAGAAGAGGCAAUGCUCUGAGGAUGUGGAACGUUCUUGUGGGAAGUUUCUCAUGCUCCUCAUUCCUAAGAGUAAAUAUAUAAAGUAAAACACCAAGGUUUUGAAUAAAAGGCCAUCAAUGUCUAUUGGUUCAUGUAUUUCCAACACAUUCAUAAUCAUAAAUACAUUAUAUGGACAAAAGUAUGUGGAAACCUGACCAUCACACCCAUAUGUGGUUCUUCCUCAAACUGUUGCCACAAAGUUGCAAGCACACAAUUGUAUACAAUGUCUUUGUAUGCCAUAACAUUGCAAUUUCCCUUCCCUGGAACUAAGAGGCCCAAAUCUGUUCCAGCAUGACAAUGCCACUGUGCACAAAGCGAGCUCCAUGAAGACGUGGGUUGCAGAGGAUGGAGUGGAAGAACUCGAGUGUCCUGCACAGACCCCUGACAUCAACCCCACUGAACACCUUUGGGAUGAACUGAAACUCUGACUUCACCCCGACCUCCUCACCCAACAUCAGAGCCUGAUCUCACUAAUGCUCUUGCUGCUGAAUGCGCACAAAUACCCACAGCCUCGCUCAAAAACCUAGUUAUUAGAAACAAGGUUAUUAGCACCGCAAAGGGGGACUAA